AUGGUCUGCGAAUAUAAAGUUCACAUUCGUGAAGCAGGAGAAACCAUCCCGAUGCCCGAUAUCAAAAGCGAAAAGCGGAGGGCCGACCCGCCCGCGCCAUCGCCUAAUAUGGAACUGGCAGUAAUUGAAAUCUCUAGAGAAGAAUUUCAGGCGUGCAAGAAGCGACGCAUUGCCCCUGAGGAGAAGAGGAGCGAAGCCGCCAACGUGUUCACACCUUACCACUUCAUGCCCGACGAUAUCAAGGAAGAGGACAGGGACAGGGACGACCCACUCGCAUCCGCGCCCGCGCCCGCGCCGCCCAACAUGUUCACACCUUACGUCUUCCACGACGAGUCCCUCGGUCAAGAUAGCGACGCGAAUGCGCACAUCGACUACUGGAGGGACAGCCUCUCGCCGAAACAGCGUCUUCGCUUCGCUUUGAAGAAGUUAUUGGAGUGUGAGUUCAGUCAGACGUUGGCCAUCACCGCCGAGCACAAGCUAGUCUCCUCAAACCUGAAAUGGGAGCGUCAGGAGCACUAUACGGGUGUUGCUCGGUAUCUUUUUACGCCGAAAGAGAAUGGCGAGGAGACUUGCAACAAGUGUACGACUAUAGACAAUUACGGCCCGUUUGCGGAGUGUGUCGCUGGCGGUCGGGCGGUGCACAAGGGUGCUUGCUUCAGCUGUUAUUAUAAGGGCGAAGGAAAGAGUUGUUGCCUCCGUAUCGCAAUCCGUGAGGAGGAUUGA